GGCCUUCCCCGCCCUCUCAUUGGCGGCCUGCUCGGAGUGGGCGGGUACGGCACGUCGCUCUCGCCUUGCCAUUGGCUGCGGAGCGGUGGCCGCGUCCCGAUUGGCUGGCGCGGCCUGAGGGCUCCUGCCGGGCCGCGGCCCCCGCCCCCCUCCCGGUGCAUCGCGGCGGCCUGAGGUGAGGGGGGGGGCGGCGGGCAGGGCCGGGCCCCACGGGCCCCGCAGCGCGGCCGAGCCCGAGCAGCCCCAACGCCAAGCGCUGCAGCCGCUGCUUCGUGACAAGAAGCUGCUGUUCUGAGGCAGGAGCCUGGUGCUCUGCUGGCCUGUCAGCACGUUGCUGACAGCUCCACACCCCCCUUUGCCCUCACAGUUGGGAUUUUUAACUAUCCCAAGCCAGAAAUCUGCCAUUUCCCACCCGGAUCCGUGGCGCUGGGUGAGCUGCUGCCCCGCUCAAGAGCGAGAACUCGGGGUGUUUUUUUCCCCCCCCCCUCCUGUGCAGUUGGACACUCAAGAAGCUGAAAUGUCUAAAAAGCAAAAUACAAAAGAUCCAUCUGGCUUCAUUUUUGAUGUGCAGUCCAACACUGUGAUGGCCCAAGGAGGAACCUUUGAAAACAUGAAGGAAAAGAUCAGUGCUGUGAGGGCCAUCGUCCCCAACAGGAGCAACAACGAGAUUGUCCUUGUCCUGCAGCACUUUGACAACUGUGUGGACAAAACUGUGCAGGCCUUUAUGGAAGGCAAUGCCAGUGAAGUGCUGAAGGAAUGGACUGUGACAGGCAAAAAAAAGAACAAGAAGAAGAAAACCAAACCCAAACCACAAGCUGGGCCCAGCCCUGGGCUCCCAGGGCCAGGGAAAUUGGUGCCCACUGAAGAGGAGCAGCCAGAGAAAGGUGGGAUCAACGGUUUCCAUGUCAACGGCUGCGCCCACGACACCGAGUCCGUGGAGUCGCUCAGUGAAGCUCUGGAUGCUCUUUCCAUUGAUGCCAGAGAGCUGGAGGAGGGCGAGCCCGGGGCCCCAGACAUGCCUGAGAGAGCAGCAGUGCCUGACCUAGGGAAUGGAAUAGCAGGCUUUGACACACAAUCGCUCACCCUGCAUCCUUCCCAGAGCUCCCAGUCCCUCCGGCAGCGCCCUGAUUCCAGGAGCACCACCAGGUCCCUGUCCCGACCCGCAGCCUCCGGCUCCAUUCCCGCCUCCCUCUCCGUCUCCCGCCUGGAAGACGUUCCCGUCUCGCCCGCCACCAAGAAGCUGGGUUCUAACAUUGAGAAGUCAGUGAAGGAUCUUCAGCGCUGCACCGUGUCGCUGGCGCGGUACCGGGUGGUGGUCAAGGAGGAGAUGGACUCGUCCAUCAAGAAGAUGAAGCAGGUCUUUGCUGAGCUGCAGAGCAGCCUGAUGGAUCGGGAAGUGGCGUUGCUGGCUGAGAUGGACAAAGUGAAGGCAGAAGCAAUGGAAAUCCUGCUGGGCCGGCAGAGGAAGGCAGAGGCCCUGAAGAAGCUGACGGACGUGGCCGUGAGGAUGUCGGAGGAGCAGCUGGUGGAGCUGAGAGCUGACAUCAAGCACUUUGUGAGCGAGCGCAAGUACGACGAGGAGCUGGGCCGGGUCGCCCGGUUCUCCUGCGACCUGGACGCUCUCAAGAGGAGCAUCGCUGCCUUCGGCCAAGUUUCCCAUCCCAAGAACAGCUACUCCAGCCGCUCGCGCUGCAGCUCCGUCACCGCCGUGUCCCCCGGAGAGACCCCCACCCCCUGUGCCUCCACCCCCAGCCUUACCAUGGCCAGCAAGAAGCCCCCAUCCUCGGGGGAGGCCACGGGGAGCCCCCGCCCACCCCAGCCUUCCAGAGAGGGCAACAGGAGGCCCGGGGCGGGGUCCAGGUCCCAGCGCCCCCUCGGUCCCGCGGCCACCGGGCGCUACAGCAGCGGCCACCGACAGAGACCGGGGCCGGGUCAGGCCCAGAACAAACUGCCCCCAUCACCCCCG